AUGUGCCUGUGUGUUGGAGGGAAACUGAUCCUGCGUGACUGCAGCAGCGAGUCCGCGUCGCUUCAUCACCGUCCGCCAGAGCCAAGUGUCUCCGAGCCACUGACCGCCGGGGGACGCUGGGAAAAGAAAAGUGAGAUUGACAAACUGGCUGAAGAGUACAUAGCGAAGGUGAAGAACCUGGCCUCAGAGCAGAGAGUGGAACACCUGCAGAAGAUCCAGAAUGCCUACAGCAAGUGCAAAGAGUUCAGUGAUGAUAAAGUCCAGCUUGCAAUGCAGACAUAUGAAAUGGUGGACAAACAUAUCCGCCGACUGGAUGCAGAUCUGGCGCGGUUUGAGAAUGAGCUAAAGGAGAAACUGGAAGUGAGCGGAUACGAAAGUACAGAUGGAAGAGCACUGAAAAAGGGUGAAUCCCGUGGACUGAGAGAGAAGCGAACAUCCAGAGGAAGAGGAAGGAAAGGUUCUGAUGAAGAUUCUCCCAAAAAGAAAAAGCUAAAAAACAGCCCAGACCUGAGUGACGCCCUCCUGCCCAUGCAACCAUCAGACGUUUUGGACAUGCCAGUCGAUCCCAAUGAGCCCACGUACUGCCUGUGCCACCAGGUGUCAUAUGGAGAGAUGAUUGGAUGCGAUAACCCAGAUUGUCCUAUUGAGUGGUUCCACUUUGCUUGUGUUGAUCUCGCCUCAAAACCCAAAGGAAAAUGGUUUUGUCCGAGGUGCACCCAAGACAAGAAGAAGAAAUGAGAAUCCUUACUUUCAAAAAUACUCAGCUAAUAAUGUAUGUAUUUUUGGUGUAGGUUAUAGUGUAAUAUAUAUAUAUUUCAGCCCUAUAACUCUCCAUAGAUGGUGGGUCAUACAGCUUUUUUUAAGGCCUAAUCCAGAUUCAGUGUAUAGCUACGCUUGUAGCACCAUUAUCUCACUCUAUUACAGUUACUUCAGUUAUGUUAUGUCAGUGUCAUUGGAUCUAAGAUGGCUGUCUUUGUCCAAUAGCUUUACAAUAAUCAACUCACAUGUAUAUUAUCUGUGCACUCAAGCUAAAGUAGUCUGGGCAGUGGAGUUAAACGUUGCACAAAUUACCAACAAUCAUAGAGUCCUUCCUGUCGAGUCGUAUAGUGUGUGUGUGUGUGUGUGUGUAUAUAUUGUCAUUACUAACAUAUUCAGAAAUCCUGGAUUGUGGCUUUAGCAUACUUGAAAUAUCAAUUUUAUAAAGAACUAUUUUUUAAAACAAAUUAACAGCCUGCUGAGAAUUAACGAUUUUAAACACCUUUUUAGUCCUGACCAAAUUUUGGUGGUGAAAGGAAUUAUGUGUCAGAUUUUCAGUUACCUACCUCCUGAGGGAAAACGUCAGCACUGCAUGAACGACUGCAAUUUGAUACCAGUGAAAAAAAAAAAGAUCUUAAACCAAACAAGCAAAGCAUUGUAAACCAGUUUAUUGAUUUUCAAAGAAACCUGCGACCUUUUUGAAUGUAUUGUGGUACUAGUGGUCAGUCAGUCAGUCAGUGUCUCUAAUCAACUGAAUGAGGUAUUUAAGCACUUUGAAUGAAAUUUUCCCCUGAAGAGGUUUGAUCCUGCAGGCUUGGUUUUAUGAUAAAGUUUAAAACUUUGCCACAGUGCAUCACUUCAAACCAUAUGGAAAUAUAUAUAUAUAUAUAUAUACACAUAUAUGUUUUGUAUGAUAUGAUACAAUAUUUUGUGGACACAGUUUUUUUUCCAAAGAUAUAUUUGUUGUAUUGCUUACUUAUUGGUGUACACUCAAAUUUUAUUUAAUAGGAUUUUAGCAUCUUCUUUCAUAUUCAACUGUGAAUGUCACUCACUUAGGUGUAAGCCACAAAUAAAAGAGCCAAAGUCUUUGUAUUUUGUAAAAUUCAGUAUUUUAUAACAAAUAAAUAUUCACUAUAAUUCA